AUGACACCUCGCAACCGGCGUCCGGCCAACGCUGCUGGCGUGACUAGCGCGGCUCCCAACGCACGCCUCGCGGUGCCGCUGGAAGAGCCGUGGCGCGCACCAGUUGGUGUUGGCAGCGUCCUUGAGAUUUUUCUCGCGUGGCUGACAGAGGGGGCUAAAGCGGCGAACCCCCCUCCCCUGAUGAUUGAUGACAUGACGGAUCGCCCAGCUGGCUGGGCAAGAAACGGCACAAUGAUGUGA